ACCUCCCGGGUAGGACGGAAACGGAGGAGGGACACGGCGAGUUGAGCGGAGCGGGUGGCGAUGGGCGACUCCAAAGUGAAGGUGGCGGUGCGCGUCCGCCCCCAAAACCGACGCGAGCUUGAUCUGCAUACAAAAUGCGUGGUGGAUGUGGAGGCGAACAAGGUUAUUCUUCACCCAGCAAACACCAACCUUUCAAAAGGAGAUGCCAGGAACCAACCGAAGGUGUUUGCUUACGAUCACUGUUUCUGGUCUAUGGAUGAAUCUGUCAAAGAAAAAUAUGCAGGUCAAGAUGUUGUUUUCAAGUGCCUUGGAGAGAAUAUUCUUCAGAAUGCCUUUGAAGGUUACAACGCAUGCAUCUUUGCCUACGGGCAGACGGGAUCUGGAAAAUCAUACACGAUGAUGGGUACUGCUGACCAGCCUGGAUUAAUCCCUCGGCUCUGCAGCGGACUCUUUGAAAGGGCACAGAAGGAGGAAAAUGAAGAACAGAGUUUCAAGGUGGAAGUGUCUUACAUGGAAAUUUACAAUGAGAAAGUUCGAGAUCUCCUUGACCCCAAAGGAAGUCGGCAGUCACUGAAAGUGAGAGAACAUAAUGUCUUUGGUCCCUAUGUCGAUGGGCUUUCUAAACUGGCUGUUGCUAGCUACAAGGACAUAGAGUCGCUGAUGUCUGAGGGUAACAAAUCCCGGACAGUAGCUGCCACCAACAUGAAUGAGGAGAGCAGUCGGUCCCAUGCAGUCUUCAAGAUCACGCUCACACACACCCUGUAUGAUGUGCAAUCAGGGACAUCAGGUGAGAAGGUGGGCAAGCUGAGUCUGGUGGACUUGGCAGGCAGUGAAAGAGCAACUAAGACGGGAGCUGCAGGUGACAGGCUGAAGGAAGGAAGCAACAUUAACAAGUCCCUCACAACCCUUGGGCUUGUGAUUUCUGCCCUAGCUGAUCAAGCUGCUGGGAAGAACAAGAACAAAUUUGUUCCCUAUCGCGAUUCUGUGCUCACUUGGUUACUUAAAGACAGCCUUGGUGGUAAUAGCAAGACCGCCAUGGUAGCGACCGUCAGCCCAGCAGCAGAUAAUUACGAUGAGACACUGUCCACGCUGAGAUACGCAGAUCGGGCCAAAAACAUCAUUAACCAUGCCGUGGUCAACGAAGAUCCAAACGCCCGCAUCAUCCGGGAGCUCAGGGAGGAGGUGGAGAAACUCCGGGAGCAGCUCACCAAGGCAGAGGCUAUGAAAUCGCCAGAACUCAAGGAGCGCUUGGAAGAAUCUGAAAAACUGAUCCAGGAAAUGACUGUGACCUGGGAAGAGAAAUUAAGAAAAACAGAGGAGAUAGCACAGGAGCGUCAGAAACAACUAGAAAGCCUUGGCAUAUCUCUUCAGUCUUCUGGAAUCAAAGUAGGGGACAACAAGUGUUUCCUGGUUAAUUUAAACGCAGAUCCUGCUCUCAACGAACUUCUAGUCUACUACUUAAAGGAGCACACACUAAUUGGAUCAGCUGACUCCCAAGAUAUCCAGUUAUGUGGAAUGGGAAUUCUUCCUGAACACUGCAUCAUAGACAUCACCUCGGAAGGACAGGUUAUGCUGACACCUCAGAAAAAUACCAGAACAUUUGUAAACGGUUCUGCUGUUAUGGGUCCUACACAGCUACACCACGGAGACCGAAUACUGUGGGGGAACAACCACUUCUUCAGGUUGAACUUGCCAAAAAAGAAAAAGAAGGUGGAACAUGAGGAUGAAGAGCGAGAUAACUCUAUGAAGUGCAGCAGUAGCAUUGAGCAGCUAGAUGCAGAUGGAGACAACUCCAGCGAAGUGUCUAGUGAGAUUAAUUUCAGCUAUGAGUAUGCCCAGAUGGAAGUCACCAUGAAGGCACUCGGUAGCAAUGAUCCAAUGCAGUCAAUCUUGCAGAGCCUGGAGCAGCAGCAUGAAGAGGAGAAGCGGUCCGCUCUUGAGCGGCAGAGAUUAAUGUAUGAGCAUGAACUAGAGCAGCUGCGAAGGCGACUCUCUCCUGAAAAACAACACUUCCGCAGCAUGGAGAGGUUCUCUUUCCAUUCCCCCAAUGCCCAGCAACGCUUACGGCAGUGGGCAGAAGAGAGGGAAGAAAUGUUGAACCAGAGCCUGCGAAAGCUGAGAGAACAAAUUGUAAAAGCCAAUUUAUAUGUGAGAGAAGCCAAUUUCAUUGCCGAGGAGCUGGACAAGAGAACAGAGUAUAAAGUCACUCUGCAGAUCCCAGCUUCAAGCCUUAACGCGAACAGAAAGCGAGGUGCAGUUCUCAGUGAGCCUGCUAUUCAGGUGAGGAGGAAAGGGAAAGGCAAACAGAUCUGGUCACUAGAGAAACUGGAAAACCGACUAGUGGAUAUGAGGGAUCUUUAUCAGGAGUGGAAAGAGUGCGAGGAGGACAACCCAAUGAUGAGAGCUUACUUCAGGCGAGCGGAUCCAUUCUAUGACGAACAGGAAAACCACAGCCUCAUUGGAGUGGCCAAUGUUUUCCUCGAGUCCCUGUUUUAUGAUGUGAAGCUGCAGUAUGCUGUUCCAAUCAUCAACCAAAAGGGAGAGGUGUCAGGUCGUCUUCACGUUGAAGUUGUGCGAGUGAGCGGAGAGAUUGAGGAGAGAAUAGUAGGAGGUGAAGAUAGCCCAGACUAUUCAAGCGACAGUGACACCCAGGAGAAAAAACUAGUCUGCAUGAUUAAAAUACUUCAGGCUACAGGUUUGCCUCAGCAUCUCUCCAACUUUGUGUUCUGCAAGUACACCUUUUGGGAUCAGUCAGAGCCAGUUAUGGUUGUCCCUGAGGUGGAUCCCUCCUUAUCUGCGACCUACAAGGAGCCGCGAUGCAUGGUUGUCUUCGAUCACUGCAGUGAGUUUUCUGUGAAUAUUUCUGAAGACUUCAUGGAGCAUCUCUAUGAAGGUGCUUUGGCAAUAGAAGUUUAUGGUCACAAACAGAGUGAUCCUCGGAAAAACUCAGCCCUAUGGGAUUUGGGAAUAAUUCAAGCCAAAACACGAAGUCUUCGUGACAGGUGGAGUGAGGUAACCCGAAAGGUGGAGCUGUGGGUUCAGAUUCUGGAACUUAAUGAGGAUGGGGAGUAUUGUCCAGUUGAGGUGAUUCCUGCCAGAGAAGUGUGUACAGGUGGCAUCUUCCAGCUCAGACAGGGGCAGUCACGGCGAAUCCAGAUUAAAGUGAAGUCUGUGCAGGAGUCUGGGACUUUGCCUCUCAUGGAAGAAUCUAUCUUAUCUGUUGGCAUUGGCUGUGUUCAAAUAAGACAUGCCAAGUCACAGAAAGCUCAUGAAAAUCAUCAGGAAGAAGAUGACGAUAUGGACAGUUACCAGGACAGGGAUUUGGAGAGACUGCGUCGGAAAUGGCUGAGCGCAUUGACGAAACGACAGGAGUACCUAGACCAACAGCUGCAAAAGAUCGUCAGCAAACCUGAUAAAACAGAAGACGAUGCAGAUCGGGAAGCCCAGCUUUUAGAGAUGAGGCUAACCCUUACUGAGGAGAGGAACGCUGUAAUGGUUCCUUCUGCCGGCAGUGGGAUCCCGGGAGCUCCAGCUGAGUGGACUCCAGUGCCUGGUAUGGAGACUCAUAUUCCUGUUAUCUUCCUUGACUUAAAUGCGGAUGAUUUCAGUUCUCAAGAUAACCUUGAUGACCCAGAAGCUGGUGGAUGGGAUGCAACUCUCGCUGGAGAAGAGGAAGAAGAGUUCUUUGAACUGCAAAUCGUAAAACACCAUGAUAGUGAGGUGAAUGCAGAAGCCUCAUGGGACUCCACAGUCCAUAACUGUGUUCAGCUCAGUAAAGGAACAGCAACAGAUGAAAGAGUUUUCCUUAUAGUGAGAGUGACUGUCCAGCUCAGUCAUCCUGCAGAAAUGCAGCUGGUGCUGCGCAAACGCAUCUGCGUUAAUGUCUAUGGCCGACAGGGUUUUGCACAGAGCUUCCUGAGAAGAAUGUCUCCCCGAAGUACCAUUCCCGGCUGUGGAGUUAUCUUUGAGAUCGUCUCAAAUAUUCCAGAGGAUGCUCAGGGCGCCGAAGAGCGGGAAGCGCUAGCCAGAAUGGCCGCCAAUGUUGAAGAUGCAGCAUCUGCAGACUCGGUAGCCUAUAUUGAGAAAUACCUGCGGAGCGUGCUGGCCGUGGAGAACAUUCUCACCCUGGAUCGCCUGCGCCAGGAGGUUGCAGUGAAGGAGCAGCUAAUGGGCAAAGGAAAACUCUACAAGAGGAGCCUGAGCUCUCCCAACGUCAAUCGGCUCUCUGGAAGCCGUCAAGAUUUAGCUCCUCCAUAUAACCUUAGCAGUCACAAGAGUCGGUGGGAAAGCCAGCAAGAUGUAUCCCAAACUUCGACACAUUCCGGUCGCAGGAUGACCUCGCCUCCUGCGUUUUUGUCCGGCUCUGUUCAGGAAAACCAUUCUCCAGACCCAGGACUCAGUAGUUUGGCUGCCUCCUACCUGAAUCCAGUAAAAUCCUUCGUGCCUCAGAUGCCAAAGCUGCUUAAGUCUCUCUUUCCUGUGAGAGAGGACAAAAAGGCCAGGCAACCCUCUCCUCUUGCACAGCAGCCUGUUCCACGAAUCAUGGUGCAGUCUGCCAGCGUCGAUGCCAGCGCUGUGAAGGUAAAGCAGACUAACCAAGAGGAAGGGGGGAAGCAACCGUUCAAAGUGGCCGUGCAAUUCACAGAGGCCGAGAAGGACCAGGAAAAGACGCCCAAAGUGCCUUCGCAGCAGCAUACCACAGACUUCCAGGCACAGGACCCCCAAGAGGGGCCUCCAAGUCCCCUGAGCGAAGCCUCUAGCGGUUACUUUUCUCACAGCGUUUCGACAGCCACCCUUUCUGAGGCGCUCGCUGCAGGGAGCGAUGUAAUCAUUCAGGCGGGUGGUCAGACACCGACAGCAAGUGACCUGUCACCUCCCGUCCCCAUCGCUCCAGCAACAACUGCUGCUGACGUGCCAGGGCAGACGGACACCGAGAACUGUCCCGCUGUUAAGAGAGAGACUGUGGCCACUUCCGAGCUGAAAACUACCCAUGUAAGGUCUAAGGACAAUAACGAAGUGAACAGUAAUAAUGGCCUAAAAUCCAAAUCCUUAGUCUUACCUGUGACUCAGAGUAAACAGCUGAACGAUGCCUCCUUACCCACUGAUGCAAAAAUCUACUUUUCUACCUCCACCCCAAAGAAGGAGCUGUUGCCCAAACAGCCAGUGACUUCACCAGCUGUGGAGUCAGUGGGGCAAGCUACCAGGAAAAAGGACCAGGCAAAGCCAGCCCCUGUUUCAGGAUCGGGAGACGCCAGACCACAACUGCAGCCCGACCUCUCGUCCCAGCCCAGCACCAUGGCUUCUCCAUUCAGAAUCCAGAAAGUCAGGACAUCUGAGCUGAAGUCAUUCAGCAGCAUGCUGGGGGGAGACUCAGCUUGCUUGUUGAGCCCAGAGGAGCAGAAGGAGGGAGAGAAGAGCAUGCCAGCUUCUCAAGGGUCAAGCCACAAUGGUGCAGAGAUGGUGGAUGAAAAACUGGAAGUGACUUCUGAUUCUGAAGAUGCCAACGAAAUCCCAGAUUGGCUGAAAGAGGGGGAAUACGUCACUGUCGGCACAAAUAAGACAGGCACCAUUCGAUACGUUGGCCCAACUGACUUUCAAGAGGGAAUGUGGGUUGGUGUGGAACUAGACUUGCCUUCAGGUAAGAACGACGGCUCCAUUGGGGGAAGGCAGUACUUCAAAUGCAACCCAGGCUACGGGCUCCUCGUGAAGCCAAGCAGAGUGAAAAAAGCCACCGGAGCAGCCAGGCGGCGGAGCGCCGGUCUGAGGCUGCAAGGGGGAGCGACGUCGGAGAACCGGAAGAGCGGCAACUUCUCGGGUUCAGCCUCCAACCUGGCUUCCCUGACGGCCCUGGCCAAAUCGGAAGCAGCACCUGCCCUUCGACCGGAGAAGCUGCCGAAGAAUACAGAGAACAGGAAAUCUUGGGCUAACUGAAAAGCGACUGCAGGCCACACAGCCUCGGGUGAAACGGCACACAGACAACGGGCUCUCCUCAGCUAUGCUGGCAGCGCUAAACCAGCCUUGGUAACCUCCUUGUUUGUGGCAAACACUAAUGGAGGGAAUUACCGUUCCCUGCUUGGGUGCUUGACCUGCUAAAUCUUCGCCCGGUCGUGGUGAUCAAUCUACAUGUUUAAGCUCCUUACGUGAAUUAUGACACUUUGGCGUGUGGCUUAUUUCAAACAAUGAAAGUUUGUAUGUGUGUUUGCACAUGUAUAUGUGUGUGCAAGCAGUGCUGCUUAUCAGCCUGUCACAGAGCAAAGGGUAAAUUGAGUUAUUCAAAGUAGCGAGCGAGUUUCCAACAGCUGUAAAAUAUCGAUCAGGCUUAUUUACCCGGAUAUAACAUGAUACUGUACUGCUUUAAACGAGGUUGGCAGUUCAAAAUGCAGCAUGCAGGGCUCCAUCUUCCAGUGCUGGAAGAGCGGUGUCUGCAUUGGGCCGUAACGAGGACCAGAAAUGGUUGUAAGGACUUGAGAUUGGCCAAGAAGGAAACAAAAACUUAACUUUUUCUUAAUGCGACCUGGUGCCUGUUUCUAAUCAAGUUCUAACAUCUCUGCUCCUAUUGAAGUCAACGGGAGUUUUUUGUAGCUGACUCCAGUGGGAGCGAGAUUUAAGCCUUUAAUUUUAUUCCCACCUUCUCCGUGACUUAUCCUGUUUUCACACGUGUAUUCAAGUGUCAUUAAAUAGGCGUAAACUAGUUAGUAUUUUCGAUACAUGACAGAAUCUCUUUGCCUCUCCUUUCCUGUCCAGGGGCACUCUGGGAUCUUGCUUUCGUUGUUUCUCUAGUUUUACCCCCUGGAUGUUUGCAAAGACAUCAGCCUGCUCUCAGGCAUGUCGGUCCCGAUUCUGUCUGUACUGAUCUACUAGUGACAUGCUGCCCAUCCCGCAAGCCAGGCAGGGCGCCCUGCACAGCUUUAUAAUGUUGGAGAAUUAUUGUUCUCUAACUACAUGACCCAGUGAUAUUUAUUUUUAUUUAUUGUUUUGUUUUGUUUUUUAAGAGAAUAAAAUACUUGCGCUUUACAAUCAUCAGUUGACAGUCGUUGCACAGAGGAGCUCUACUUCCCUCCGUCUACAGUCGCCUUCUCCCUCACCAUUGAUUUGUUCCUAAAAUCAGUUUUUUGACAUGUUCUGCCUCAAAAUGAAUAACUGAAGUGGUGGGGGGGAAGGUGAGGGGUAAAGGAAGAGCAUGUUAGGACUAGCUUUCAUUCUUUAAACUUGAAUUUAUUUUUAAUCAC